GGAAAUAGAGCCAAAACGCUCGAGGAGAUCAUGAACAAAUCAGUCGACUUGGAACGGAUACCUGUAGAGGAAGUGUUGGAGCAGCUGAAAUGUACCAGGGCUGGACUAACUUCAGAGGAAGGAGCUCGUCGACUCCAAGUUUUUGGACCAAACAAACUAGAAGAGAAAAAGGAGAGCAUGAUUGUCAAGUUUUUGCGUUAUACGUGGAACCCUUUGUCAUGGGUGGAAGCUGUUGUUAUCAUGACUAUUGUCAUGGCAAAUGGACUUAGGGGAUCUACAGACUGGCUGGACUUUGUUGGUAUCGUUGGGUUGUUGCUGAUUAACUCUACCAUCAGAUUUAUAGAAGACAAUAAAGCUGGUAAUGCUGCAGCAGCCCUCAUGGCUGGUCUUGCUCCCAAAACUAAGGUUUUAAGAGAUGGUAGAUGGAGUGAACAAGAUGCUGCAAUUCUGGUGCCAGGGGACAUAAUCACCAUUAAAUUGGGAGACAUAAUUCCUGCAGAUGCUCGUCUUCUUGAGGGUGAUCCUUUAAAGAUUGAUCAAUCUGCUCUCACUGGAGAAUCUGUUCCUGUCACUAAAAGCCCCUCAGAUGAAGUGUUUUCUGGUUCCAUAUGUAAACAGGGUGAAAUAGAAGCAGUUGUUAUUGCAACGGGUGUGCACUCGUUUUUGGGUAAAGCUGAGCAUUUAGUGGACAGCACCAAUCAAGUUGGGCAUGUUCAGAAGGUUCUCACAGCCAUUGGUAAUUUCUGUAUUUGUUCAAUUUUUGUUGGAAUGUUAAUUGAGGCGGUUGUCAUGUUCGGGAUCCAGCACCGCAUGUUCUGGGCUGGAAUUGACAAUUUACUAGUUCUCUUGAUUGGAGGGAUCCCGAUUGCCAUGCCAACCAUGUUAUCUGUCACCAUGGCUAUUGGUUCUCAUAGGCUCUCUCAGCAAGGUGCUAUUACCAAGAGAAGGACAGCCAUUGAGGAAAUGGCAUGCAUGGAUGUUCUCUGCUGUGACAAGACAGGGACUCUGACCCUGAACAAACUGACUGUUGAUAGAAAACUGAUUAAAGUGUUUCUAAAGGGGAUAGGGGUGGACCAAGUUAUCCUUUAUGCAGCUAGAGCUUCAAGAACUGAAAAUCAGGAUGCCGUUGAUGCGGCCAUUGUUGGAAUGCUUGCAGAUCCCAAAGAGGCACGAGCUGGUAUUAGGGGGGUUCAUUUCCUUGCAUUCAAUCCUGUAGACAAAAGAACUGCUCUUACCUACAUUGAUUCUUAUGGAAACUGGCAUCGGGCUAGCAAAGGUGCCCCUGAGCAGGUAUCUGUGAUUUUCCUCAUGCUGGGAGAUGUUCGGGAAAAGGUUCAUGCAGCAAUUGACCUGUUUGCUGAACGUGGACUUGGAUCAUUAGCAGUGGCAAUACAGGAAAUACCUGAGAAGACAAAAGAUAGUUCAGGGGAACCAUGGCAGCUUAUUGGUUUGUUGCCUCUAUUUGAUCCUCCAAGGCAUGACAGUGCUGAAACCAUUAUAAUGGCUCAAAUCCUUGGCGUGAAUGUGAAGAUGAUUACUGGUGAUCAGCUUGCCAUCGCCAGAGAAACUGGGAGGAGGCUUGGAAUGGCAACGAACAUGCACCCUUCUUCCUCCCUGCUUUUUGAAGAUAAGGAUGCUUCAAUUGCUGCUGCUUUCCCUAUAAAUGAGUUCAUUGAGACGGUAGAUGGAUUUGCUGGAGUACUACCAGAGCACAAAUAUGAAAUUGUUAAGAGGCUGCAAGAGAGGAAACAUAUCUGUGGUAUGACUGGAGAUGGUGAUGCACCUGCUUUGAAGAAGGCUGAUAUUGGAAUUGCUGUUGCCAAUGCUUCAGAUGCUGCUAGAAGUGCAUCAGAUAUUGUCCUUACUGAACCAGGGCUUAGUGUCAUUAUAAGUGCGGUGCUAACUAGCAGGGCUAUUUACCAAAGGAUGAAGAACUACACAAUCUAUGCAGUUUCUAUUACCAUUCAUAUUGUGUUUGGUUUCAUGUUUAUUGCCUUGAUAUGGAAGUUUGACUUUGAUCCUUUUAUGGUCUUAAUUAUUGCUAUCCUAAAUGAUGGGACAAUCAUGACAAUAUCAAAAGACAGAGUGAAGCCAUCUCCGCAGCCAGACAGCUGGAAGUUGAGAGAGAUUUUCACUACUGGCAUUGUGCUUGGAGGGUAUUUGGCAUGGAUGACUGUAUUAUUUUUCUCGGCUAUGGGAGACGUUAAUUUCUUCACAGACAAGUUUCAUGUAAGACCCCUGAGGGAUAGUCCUGAGGAAAUGACGGCAGCUGUAUACCUCCAAGUGAGUAUUGUGAGCCAGGCCCUUAUUUUUGUGACACGAUCCCGAAGCUGGUCAUAUGUUGAACGCCCGGGGCGUCUGUUAAUCAGUGCUUUUAUAGUCGCUCAGCUGGUAGCAACCCUGAUUGCAGUCUAUGGAAUUUGGGGUUUUGCUAAUAUAGAAGGUGCUGGCUGGGGAUGGGCUGGAGUGAUCUGGCUUUAUAGUGUUGUGACUUAUAUCCCUCUUGAUCUUCUCAAGUUUGCCAUCCGCUAUCUCCUUGGUCGUAAUGUGAGGGAUACACUUUUACAGGACAAGACCGCCUUCACUACAAAAAACCCUUUCAAUGACAAAGACAGUUAUAGCAAACGCCAAGCCGAGGUUAUCAGGCUGAGGGAGCUUACACGUAAGGGGUAUGUUGAAUCAGCUGUUAAGCUGAAGGGACUUCACAUUGAUACGGUAGCCUUUGAUGCAUCCACAAUGGAGAAUUUUCUGCAAGCGUGGGACAAGGAGAAGCCGGUGAGAUACACUGCUCAGCAGCUGGAUGACUUUACAAGAAAUUACUCGAAAAGGUUGGGGUCUGGAGCAUAUGGGGAUGUUUAUGAAGGGCAGUUUCCCAAUGGAGUCAAGAUUGCAGUGAAGUUGCUCAAGGAAAAAUACGAGGGAGCAACAAAAAAGCAGUUCAUGGCAGAGAUAGGCACAAUUGGAAGAACACACCACAUUAAUUUGGUUAGACUUUACGGUUUUUGCUAUGAUGGAAAUACAAGUGCGCUUGUAUAUGAAUUCAUGGAAAAUGGAUCGCUUGAUAAUUACUUGUUUGGGAAGAAGGAGAUGAUUGAGUGGGAAAAUUUACAUGUAAUAGCAGUGGGGAUAGCCAAAGGAAUUGCUUAUUUGCAUCAAGACUGUCAACAGAGAAUUAUUCACUAUGAUAUAAAGCCAGCCAAUAUUCUACUUGAUGCGAACUUCCUCCCGAAGGUUGCAGAUUUUGGACUUGCAAGGCUUUGCAACAGGGACAGCACUCAUGAUUCAGUUACCGGAUUCAAGGGAACCCUUGGUUACUCUGCCCCGGAGUUUUUUCUGAGAAAUCAUCCCAUAACUUACAAAUGUGAUGUGUAUAGUUUUGGAAUGUUGUUGUUUGAGAUAGUUGGGAUGAGGAAAAACAAGGUUAGUGGUUCCUCUGAAAGCCUAGAUUGGUUUCCGAAGGUUGUGUUGGAUAAGUACCAGAAGGGUGAAUUGGCUGAACUAAUAAUAAGUUGUGGGAUUAAAAAGGAGGAUAUGGAAAAGGCAGAGAGAAUGUCAUUAGUGGCAUUGUGGUGUGUUCAAGACUCGCCAGGAGCUAGGCCACCAAUGAAUGCCGUGGUAAAGAUGCUGGAAGGAGGAGUGGAGAUCAUGCCACCUCCUAAACCCACUCAUUUACUGUUCUCAUCAUUUGGGACAAGUGCAGUCAAGCCACCAAAUGCUGCCACUGGUUCGAGCUCCUCCUCGAGUGAAGAAUCCGCUUCUUAUUGGUAUAAAGAGAGUCAAGAGACCACUUCAAUCAUGGCCAAUUUUGGAAUGGUUUUGUUUGAGAUAGCUGGGAGGAGGAAAAACACGGUUAUUAGUUCCUCUGAAAGGCUUGAUUGGUUUCCAAAGCAUGCGUGGGAAAAGUACGAGAAGGGGGAAUUGACUGAAAUGACAGUAGAUUGUGGGAUUGAAGAGAAGGAUAGGGAAAAAACAGAGAGAAUGUCCGUGAUUGCAUUGUGGUGUGUUCAAGACUCACCAGAGGCUAGGCCACCAAUGAAUGCGGUGGUGAAGAUGUUGGCAGGAGGAGUGGAGAUCAAGCCGCCUCCUAAACCUUUUCAUUAUCUAUUCUCAGUAGUCAGUAGGGAUGAAUGCAGUCAAGCCAACUGCUGGUUCAAGUUUCUCCUUAAGUGAAGAAUCCAAUUCUUAUUGGUAUAAAGAGACUACACCCAUCAUGUCCAAAUAUGAAAUCCAAGUAGCUAGUAGUUAAGAAUACUAGUAAAAUCUAGUUUUUAGAAAAUGUAUGUUUUGUUUUAUUUAUUUAUUCAUUUAUUUUUUGGAGCAGUAAAGGUAGUUUAUUAUU